CUCAGCCAGCCAGCCUACACGAGACGUCUUCUAGUCCUAAAUGUGAAUACCGUAGGUAACUCCACGUAUUGUUUAGGAUUCCUCUCCGCUGCUUGUUGAGUGUGGGUUGGGUGUGUGGACACCUAGGAAUAGGCUCCUUGAGUCACUGCUGCCACGACGCUGACACAUUCCAGCAGGGGAGGGCUGCCUGGGCUGCCUCUCUUCUGAUAAGCAUCCUAGGGUAUUCUGUACAAGUCAAGAUGGCGGUGUCGGUAACGGAAAAGGACGGAAUAAAGACUGAAGAUGACCAUCGCAACGAUUCGUUCGGGAACCCCGGGCUUAUCUCGCCGGAUAGGGAGGACAUUUCACGGCUUCUGAAGGUGCCAUUCAGCGGCCGCAUCAGAGGUGGUAUGAGGCCGGGGAAGAAGGUCAUUGUCAUGGGCAUUGUUGAUCUGGAGCCGGACAGUUUUGACGUCAGCCUGACUUGCGGCCGCGGCACAGAGGAGGAGGAGCCACAGCCGGAUGUGGCCCUGAAACUCAGCGCUCGAUUCGCCGAGCGCCAGUUCCUGCGUAACUCCCGCGUCUCGGGACAGUGGAGCGAGGAGGAGAAGUCUAUCGACUACUUCCCCUUCAUCCCUGACCAGCCCUUCAGGAUCGAGAUCCACUGCGAGCACACGCGCUUCCGGAUAUUUGUGGACGGAAACCCGCUCUUCGACUUUUUUCACAAAGUGAAAUCUUUGCCCUCCAUCGAUACAGUGAGGAUAGAGGGGGGUCUACAGAUCACCAAGCUAGGUUAACCAACCCAGCUGCCAUGCCAGUGUGUGACACAACAAGAACUCAAUACAGGUGAACACACACACCUGGUACUACCAUACCCACAAUGCAACACUGCAGCGACAGUGGGCCUAGCGCUUUGGAAAGGCCGUCACGCCGCUUCUUCUUUCCCUUUUAUCUUGCCAUGUCUCAUCCAAGGUCUGACGUUAUUCUGACCUUCCUAGUUCUUGGUUGAAUGGUUGCAAUCCAACGCAGCUCUGUGUGUCUUUGUUCUGAAAUAACUCCUUUGUUUUCUUCCUCAGUUGUGUGUCAGGGAUCUCACUAUAUAAACGCCUGCUCAUGGUUACCAAGCAUCCUAUGGGGACUUUGCUGGUGUAGGCUGCGUCCCAAAUGGCACCCUAUUCCAAAUGUAAAUGUAAUAGUGCACUACUUUUAGGGCACUAUUGGGCUCUAGAGUGCUAUUUGGGACGCAGCCGUAGAGCACCCAGAAGUAUUUGCUUUCAUGUGGAGAAAUCCUACAAUUCUCAGGAGGUUUCUCAGGAAUCAACAAUAUUUAUCUCCUAAAAAAAAAUCAUCAUUGUAAAUUAGGGUUAUUUCGUUGGUUGACAAGCUCAAUAUUACGGGAGCCCCCGUUUUUGCACAAAUUGGGUUUGCUGGUUGGUUGGUUGUCAUGGUUAUUGGCAUCCUAACUCAAUGACCUACAUAGAGAGGAUGCGUCCUGAAUGGCAUUCUAUUCCCUAUAUAGUGCACUACUUUGACCAGGGCUCAUUGGCCAAAAGUAGUGAACUAUGUAGGGAAUAGGGUGCCAUUUGGCAAGCACACAUGGAAAUGAGGAUUAUAUUGUGAAGUCUCUGCAAGAUGUACCGUAGCAGUUUUUUGAUUGAAAUGUCUUGUAACUGUAUGCAAUGUAUUAUUGGUUGUUCUUACUCACAAUUUCAGUUCAUUGCGACCAUUCUUGUCCUGUAGAUGGAUAGAUAUUGCACUGACAUAGAGCUACAUGGUAGUGAAUAGAAUGUAAAGUUCAUUUGGAGCUUUGUUUACAUUGCUUGUUUAAUGAGAGAUUAACGAUUGGUUCAUUAAAGGGGUAGUUCACCACAAAAUCCAAGUUUAUCAGAUGUUUUAUACCUCAACUGUGGAGCUAAUGAACUGGAAUUAGAGGUGCCAAUCUUUCCUAUUCAUUUGGGAUGGGGUCUGUAGAUUUCUCCAAAGGCACACUGCAGAGUAUAGACAACACCACGCGUGGUGUGGUGUGGAAUAUGGACUCGGGUGGUCUGGUUCAGAUCACUUUCUAGACUUCAAAACAUUGCAGCAAAUUUGAUCUUGGAGUGAACUAUCCCUUUAAGGAGUUUGCUUAACUGGACUCUGACUUGUAAAUGAAGAAACACCCCAUAGUGAAAACGUACCCAGCGAUCGCCUGCACUUAGCCUAAACAACCAUUCCACUCAAACCUCGCUUUUACAGACCGGAUUAUUACUGUAUAUGCAAAUGGUGGAUUCUCUUACACGCUUGAGCAUUUUUUAAAGCCAGGGUCGUAUUCAGUAGGGCACACCGAAGUGAAAUGUUUUGCCCGACAAAAAAAACAGUUGACCCCAAACUGUAACCGGUACCUCCUUGAAGUUUACAGACUGUUCUGUUAGCUAGCGAUUAGAAUAGGAAUAGAGGCUGAAUGGUGUUUUGAAUGUACAGCAGCCAUGUUUUUCUAUGGUAGCAUACCCACUGGGCACUGACGUCAGCUCAACGUCUAGUUUAGAUUUAAAUUUGGUUGAGUUGUCAACUAAUGUGAAUUCAACGUGAAAUCAACAAAGAAUUUCACCAUGUCAUUAGA